AUCAAGUCUUACAUUCAAAUACAAGACCUUCCAAACACCUUCACAAUGAAGCUCUCAUUCCAGGCCACCCUCAUCGCAGCAAUGCUGCUCGCCAUCGCUGUGCCGACCAUCACGGCACCAGUGGCGCAAGACUCUGGGCCAGCUGAGAAGAUCCUCCACGACUUGGAGGAAAACGGCAGCGAUUCGGAGUCGGACAUCGAAGAGGCUGGCCUCAGCUGGGAAUGCCUGCCAUGCGAGUUGUGGUGCAAGAAGUGGGGAUGGACCGCAUGCGAUGCGAUCACAUGCUCCAAGGACGGCGUGAUGAGGGAGAAUUCCGGCAUCACGCCGGCAUGCAGGUGGGCUGUCCGUGGUGAGAAGUGGGACCACUGAGUACCACUGAGUACCAUUGAGUAGCAAUGGGUAGCAAUGGGUAGAUGGGUCGGGG